AUGGAUAUGAAAAACAGACUUGAAUAUUUUGAAGGAAAUAAUUUUGAAGGAAAUGAAGAAGAAAUUAUGUCUUCCCUUAAUACACUUCUAUUAGUGUUAAUAUUAAAUGAUGGUAAACCAGUGGAAGUUGCGCUAAGAAAAGGGGAUGAAUAUACGGAAUCAUAUCUCGAGAUGAUCGAAUUGAUCGAAACAGACCGCAAGAAUGAGGGCAUUAAUAGAAACAUUAUCAUUGGAACACCAGGCACCGCAAUUCACAUUCGCCCUAAACCAAAUUUUAAGGAUAAGGAGUUUAUUCCUGCUUCAGAAAUUAUUUCUAAGGCUUUGAAAAAUACAAAAGAUCUACAAAAAGACAGUAUUGUUGCUCCGUUGUCUGGAAAAUUCUUCGAAACGGUUUCUCACGAUUUAUUGCGAAAGGUGGAACAUUUAAAGUGUGAAACUUAA